AUGGCUUCUCCAUCUACAGAGUAUCCUCUCGGGCCCCUGAAGGAAUUCUGUCAAUGGCCCGAGACUCGCAAAUAUGUCAAAUAUGCCCAUGUGGGCGAUGCAUGGCGGACCCUGAACGAACAGCCCGUACCCGAUUCCCAAAAGGACGUCAAAGUGGUGGAAACCACAUUUGACCUGAUUUUCAAAAUCUCAACCUCUUCCGGUGAUGAAUCUGUCCAAAUAUCAAAGCCGACCGCUCCUCUACCAGAAGGGCGGAAACGCCACCUAAUUAUCCGGCCUGAGAUUGGAACAGAUUUCCUUUGGCGACACAUAAAUGACCUGAGUGAAGAUGAGGAGCCAGUGACCAUCAUGGACUUAGAGGACCUCACACCUCCUGUGCCUGGCCAACUGGCCCAGUGUUAUGCCGAAUGGGUUGAUAUAUGGACUGAAAAAUACACCUUGCAACUCAACAAAACCGGCGAUCACUACGGUCAUACUUUUACUUCCCCUAGAGAGGAGGCGGCAUGGAAUGUGACUGGUUUCUUGCUAGCUUGGCGCAUUGUGAGGCACUGCCCGGCCGGUAGUUCCAUCACUUACGAAUAUAAAGCAGGCGGACCCCAGUUCAAGCUGGAGGAGGGUAGCGAGUCCAGCAUUGCUUCGCGAUUUCUCAAAGACCAGGCUGCCAUUCUGGCGAAGGAGCGCUCUCUAUCAUAA